CUCACUGCAGCGCCUACUUAUCCUCAAGCAGCUGUGAUAUUUCCCUUAGCGAGAUCAUUCCGACCAUUCCUCCAACCUACCACCACCACCACCACCAUCGACACAACCUGCGAGAUACCCAUCCCGAGUGCACUCAGCCGAGCUUGGGGACACAGCUCGCGAAGGAGCUGUACCUGACCUUCGUCUCAGCUAUACCACGCGCACCACACCAGCCCUACCUACUUUCUCAAUCCCCGGCACUGGCUCAGAGACAAUAGCAAGCUCCUCUUCCACGCCACAACAUCGUUCCCUUCCCUCGAGCAAUGCCGGCAAGAUAGCAGGAACCGGCGGAAAUGGACGGCGAGUCCCAGGCGCAAAGGGACGCGCGCCUGCGCUCGCUGUGGGAGAGGCUCGACACGAAGAAAAAGGGCACACUCGAUUAUGAGGCUCUGAAACGGGGCCUGGGGGCAGUGAACCACCCACUCAAAGAUGCGGACGGACUCAUCCAGGACAUGCUGACCGCAUGUGACAUCGACCGCGACGGCAAGAUCAGCUACGACGAGUUUUGCCGAUUCUGCACUGCCACGGAAAAAGAGCUCUGGCAGCUCUUUCAGUCCAUCGACCAAGACCGUAGUGGGCGGUUAGACAAGGGGGAGCUGUCGUCUGCUUUCGAAAGAGCCGGCGUGACAGUAUCAAAAACGAGGUUGGAUCGGUUCUUCAGCUACAUUGACAAGGAUCGCGACGGGACCAUCGACUUUGGCGAAUGGCGCGACUUCCUUCUCUUCAUUCCGACCAACGAACCCGGCCUCUCUGCUGUCCUGUCAUACUACCAAAAUACCACCAAACUGAACUCAGAGGGGGAUGUGCACCUCAGCGACGAGGCAGUACAGGGUCUAGGCUACUUCCUGGCCGGUGGUUUAGCUGGCGUCACUUCCCGAACCGCGACCGCGCCGCUCGAUCGGUUGAAGGUGUACCUGAUCGCGCAAACUGGGAGCACGAAAGAGACGGUGCAGGCGGUGAAGUCUGCAAAGCCUGUUUCUGCCGCACAACAUGGUGUUAGAACGCUAUGGACCGCAUGCCAGGAUCUGUGGGCUGCCGGUGGGGUGCGGAGUCUCUUCGCUGGAAACGGCCUCAAUGUGAUCAAAGUCAUGCCAGAGUCGUCGGUCAAAUUCGGCGCGUACGAGGCAUCCAAACGUGCCAUCGCCAAACUCGAAGGUCACGACGACCCAAAGCGGAUCAAAGGAUCUUCCAGUUUUGUAGCGGGAGGAAUUGCCGGCAUGAUCGCCCAAGCUACAGUAUACCCUCUUGAUACCCUCAAGUUCCAGAUGCAAUGCGAAAUCGUUAAGGGCGGUGAGCACGGCACUCGACUUAUUUGGCACACGGCAAAGAAGAUGUGGGCACGGAACGGGGUGGUGGCAUUCUAUAAAGGCCUUCCCAUGGGUCUGAUAGGAAUGUUCCCAUAUGCGGCCAUCGAUCUCGGCAUCUUUGACACUCUGAAGAAGCGAGCUAUCAAGAGAAAUCGUGCGAGGAACCCGAGCAUCAAACACGACGAAGACGCUUUGCCCAACAAUUUCAGUCUGGCGCUCAUGGGUGGAUUCAGUGGGGCUUUUGGCGCUAGUAUCGUCUACCCGCUGAACCUGUUGAGGACGAGGUUGCAGAGCCAAGGCACUUUCAGCCACCCGAGGACCUACACUGGAAUCGUGGACGUUACAAGGCAAACGAUCCAAGGAGAAGGCGUGCGAGGGCUAUUCAAGGGACUGACGCCGAAUCUUCUAAAGGUGGUGCCGGCUGUCAGUAUCACAUAUGUGGUCUAUGAAAACUCAAAGAAGUUCUUGCAUCUGCAAUAGACAGGGAAAGGAGGCCGGUACUGGGUGGCAUGGAUGUGAUGCACAAGGGUUGCACAUAGCGUUGAUAAAGGUGGAGGAUUGCUACUGCACUACUACUGAGAUACCCUUUCGUAGGAUAUGGAGAGAACUGAACACAACAGAGGUUGGCUCCUCCUGUCUAACAGCAAACGGCCAAGGCGAAAAGGUAAAACGAUUCGCGACAAAGUAGCUGAUUUGCGUAUAGAAACUGC